GAUCCUAUAGAUCUUCCUCGUCAGUACGCUCGAGCGGGAUCCUCGCUUGCGUAGGUCGAUCUUCUUGUUCUCCUCCUCCUCCUCCUCCUUCUCCUCAUCAUUCUCCUUCUCUUCUCUCUCGCUCUCCUCACCUCUCGUGCCUCUGCUCUUCAUUUCUCUCUCUCUCUCUCUCUCUCUAGUCGCAACUUCUUCCCCUUCUUUUCACAUCCUGACUACCUCAGGUUGCUCCUCGAACGUGGAUGUAGUAUUUCCUGGUGAUCCGUGAUGCGCAUCACAAGGCUCUCGCGCUGAUGGGCACGGAAACGCUGCCAGUCCCUUCGGAGUAAGGAUCUGAUGAAGGAUCGAAUCAUGGGCCGCACAGGAUAUACGUGCAUCAGGCACGUUUUCUGCUCCCUCAACGUUUUAAUUUGGUUAUGCGCUUGCGGAAUUUUGGGUGCGGGCCUUUGGCUGCGACUGGCUUACUCCGGAUACGCGACUUUGGUGCCGCAGUACAGCUUCGUGUCGGCGGACUCGCUGCUGCUCGCCGCGGGAUGCGUCACAUUUGUCAUCGCCUUCUUCGGAUGCUGCGGCGCAUGGUUCCAGUCGAGAUGCAUGCUGAUCACGUAUUUUAGUCUGGUAAUACUCAUGUUUCUCGCCGAGUUCAUGCUGGGCACCUUGGCGUUCGUGUUCAGAGAACAUCUCGCGAGGAGUCUGAAGGAAGAACUAUUGUACGGCAUUGAGAAGCAUUAUAAUGUCACGAGAGAACCGGGGACACUUUCUGCCAUGUGGGACCAUAUACAUACGGAGUUUCAUUGCUGCGGUGUACGUGACUACACGGAUUGGUUCCAAAUCGAGGCGUGGCCCGAGGAGGAUCGGGUGCCGGAUUCCUGCUGCAUGCAGCGGGAACGAUAUUGUGGUCGCCUCGACUCGGAGGGCCGCAACAAGGAACUCUGGUACAAGGAAGGAUGUGCAACUGCCAUUCAAAUGUGGCUGGUAACCAGGCUCCACGUGGUGGGCACGGUUGGUCUCGUCGUCGCCUUUCUGCAGCUGUUCGGCCAAGUGGCCAGCAUGAUUCUCUUCUGCACAGUCAGGCACAAGAGGUCCUCUCACACGUAUAAAAGUUACGACACUACCAAUACCUAGAAUUUCCGAUCGAUCUUAGACGAGACCACUGUCUAAGAUCGAUAGUUUCUCUACGUGAGAGCUUCCGACUUCUGUUGCACACAGCAAGAACAAAUCUUUACGGGAUUGUUGGUAUUUUCUUGAGGACUUUCAAGAAGAAUUUUAUUGAAAUUUCGCGCGAUUUCAAUUUGCAUCGAAUUCACAGACAGUGUAGGAAUAUGAGCAUAACGAGCGAAACAAAAUUUUAUUAUGUCAGAUAAGAAAAAGAAACGUAACGAUUACGUUGUCGAUUAUUAAGGCUUACUCUAUACAUACAAGACAAUUAAGUAAAGAUACGUUGAUGUAUAGUUGACCAAAAUGUUCCCGCUAUGUACCAAAAAAUAUGAUAGGUAUUUAAUUGAUGGACCUCCUUCUUAAAGUGGCUCUUGAUAAUGUUCUUGUAAUCUCCAGUGAUUAAUAUUGCAAUUUUCUAAUGAUAGUCCAAUCUUGUUAGCUAAUAAUUAUUUAUAUUUCUACCUUUCUUAAAAAAGAAUAUCAGAAAUGUAACUUGUUGAUCAUUUUAAUGUUCGUAGACAGAUAUUUACAGAUCAUGUACGGUAAAAUCUGGCAACAGAAAAGUUAAUUUGAAUAUGAGAACAAAUUGUAAUAACUAGAAUGAAGAUUACGAUCGAUUGUUGUAAUUUGUAAUUUUCUAGUGGAACAGGAUUUUUAUUCCUACUUUCAUAAUGAGAUGAAUUGUGAGAUGAAUUCUAAUUCUUGCAUGCACGAUAUUCAUUUAUGAGAAUUUAACCAUGCACCAUUUUACAAUAAUUGUAAAAAAAACUCUGUUUUACAGUAAUUGUAUGUUAUAUUGAUUUUCAAUGUCAAUAACAAUCGGCAGCAGUUAGAUAGAUAGCGUGCAUGAUUAUGUGAUUUAGUUCCGAGUACUCAAUAGAGAUUGUAGGUCGAAUUAUCUUCAAUAACAUAAGCAUGAAUAGUUUGUUAAGAUUUUUGUAUUCCAUAUAUAUAUCUUUAUAGAUGAAUAUAUAAAUUUAGUAAAUUAACAAUCAUUAUUCUUAUAUGUUAUUUGAUAUCGACAACAAUCGAUUAACAAUAAGUUAAAGCAAUGUUAAAGACUGUACAAUGCAGAAUCGAGAUAGUAAGAUGAUAGUGAUGUAUUAUGUGAAUUAAACAAAUUUUAUUAUUAAUAAUAAAGGAUAUAUUUAUAUGCGAAAAA